CUCCAUCUUUGUAAAGGAGUCCUACCGGCCAUAUUGGCAGAUAGUGGGAUAGAGCAGCGGGAACGCGGUUGUUGUGUGCCGACUGUUGGCGGUAACCGCCAAAGACCCGCUGCCUGUCUCAUUGCCCUGUUUCCCGUGUAUUUCUGGCCUUCAGCCGGAGUUGGCUGUGAGUCAAGGCAGCUGCUGAUCGACGCAGAAGCCGCCUAUCAUGGAGGCGGAGAUAGCGAGGCUGAGGGAUGAAUUGGCCAAGAAGGAGCAGGAGGUGGAGAGGCUGAAGGCAGCGGCCGCCCGUCUGCAUCAGAAUUCUCAUUCUGGAAAUGUGUUUACAUUAGUUAAGCAAGUUACAGAAAUCCCCAUUCUGGAAGAAAAGUCUCUCUCAAACGAAGAGAUCAUGAGGUACAGCAGACAGCUUAUCAUUCCUGAAAUUGGAGUCAAAGGUCAACGAAAUCUGUCCCAGAAAGCUGUUCUGAUAGUGGGAUGUGGGGGGCUGGGCUGCCCUGCUGCACAGUACUUGGCAGCUGCAGGCAUCGGGCGAUUGGGACUUCUUGAUUAUGAUGAUGUGGAGCCCAGUAACCUACAGAGACAGGUUCUCCAUGCAGAAGAUAAGGUGGGAAUGUCCAAAGCAUUGUCUGCGGCAAUUGCGAUAAAUCGAUUAAAUUCAAAUGUUGAAUGUCUACCAUACCACUUUCAAUUGAACUUCAAGAAUGCAACGCAGCUUAUUCAGCAAUAUGACAUUGUAGUCGAUUGUUCUGACAAUGUUCCUACGCGGUAUCUUGUCAACGAUGCCUGUGUUCUGAAUGGGAAGCCACUUGUAUCAGCCAGUGCUCUCAGAAUGGAGGGACAGCUCACUGUAUAUAAUUACAAUGGUGGCCCCUGUUACCGAUGUCUGUAUCCAAAACCACCACCACCAGAGACUGUAACCAACUGUUCAGAUGGAGGAGUGUUGGGUGUAGUGCCUGGAAUUCUGGGCUGUAUACAGGCCCUGGAGGUUCUGAAGAUUGCAUCGGGAAUAGGACCAUCUUACAGCCAACAGAUGUUGGUAUUUGAUGCUCUUGAAGCUCGAUUUCGCACCAUUAAGCUUCGACAAAAACAGCCGACGUGUGCAGUGUGCAGCGAGAAUCCGACAGUUAAGGAUUUGAUCGACUAUGAGAGGUUCUGUGGCUCUGCAGCAACAGAUCAGUGUCAAACCCUUAAUUUGUUAACUGGAGAGCAAAGAAUAACUGUACAAGAAUAUAAAAGUCUUUUAGAUGAAGAUAUUCCUCAUGUCUUGGUGGAUGUUCGGCCACCGGUGGAGGUUGACAUUUGCCACCUACCUAACUCUAUUUAUAUUCCAUUGACUGAAUUGGAGGAAAAGACUGUUGAAUACAUGAAGCAUUUACAGAAUAACAUCAAUGAGAGGCGAUGUAAAGCAGACAGUGAUAAGGUCACCUUCCCAGUAUAUGUUAUCUGUAAACAAGGCAAUGAUUCACAGAAGGCAGUCAAGAUCCUGCAGGAGAUGCUAAACAACGAACUCUGCUCAUUAUCAGUGAAGGAUAUUCGGGGUGGAUUAAUGACCUGGGCUCGUACGAUUGACCCAACCUUCCCACAGUAUUGAUUGCAUGUAAACCAAUUUUCAAAAGUAGAUCCUAAAGUAUAGUUAUCUUUGAAUGUACUGCAAAUUAUUUGUAUGUGUGGAAUAGUAUGUUGGAAUUACUCUGUAAUUGGAAAGAAAACUUAAAACAGUGUUUAAGUACAAAUGUUAACAAUUAAGACCAGGUUAUGAGAUUGCUAAGUUCUGUUGCAUAUAUUUGAACUGCUUAAUAAGAGAACAAUCAACUAGUAACUAAAUACCACUACAUGGAAAUUCUGGUUAUUGUGAUGAUUCAUUUUAUUAAGUGUCCUUUGUUACAGAUACUCUGCUACUAAAUUAAUAACAGUGGUAUAUUGUGAAAACUAAAAGGUUAACCGCUAAGUGGAAAUUGAUAUGGUAUCACAGACAAAUGACCUAUGCAGAAAUUCUGGGAAUACAAAGUUGUUAUCUACUUAAUACAAUACAAUACAAUACAAUACAAUUUUAUUGUCAUUUGAACCUCAAAAGAAGUUCAAAAGAAAUUUGGUUUCUGCAAAUUUGGUUAAUGAUCCAUAUGUAGAAACAAGGAACUGCAGAUGCUGGUUUACAAAAAAAUACACAGUGCUGGAGUAACUCAGUGAGUUUAGUUUAGAGAUACAGCAUGGAAACAGGCCCUUCGGCCGACCGAGAGUGCACCGACCAGACAUCACCUAUAAACUAGUUCUAUGUUAUUCCACUUUCGCAUCCACUCCGACACACUAGGGGGAAUUUACAGAAGCCAAUUAACCUACAAACCUGCAUGUCUUUGGAAUGUGUACCGAAGUACCCAGAGAAAACCUACGCAAUAGAGGGAGAACGUACAAACUCCGUACAGACAGCACCCUUAGUCAGGAUUGAGCCAGGGUCUCUGGAGCUGUGAGGCAGCAACUCUACUGCUGUGCCACUGUGCUGCACUGUGCUGGAGUUACUGCCACAUUCUUUUUUAAAGAUGCAUUUGUAUCAUUGUGCAAUCAUGAGUUGAUUAUGGUGUAUGGGCAGUUCUUCUGAUACGGAGAUAGUUAAUGUAAUAAUAUUUUUUCGAUUUUUAGCAAUUGGUCAUUUUAUUGGCUAUGUAUAUCUGUGUAUAAUCUAAGCACUGUCUUUUAGUACCCUAUUAAAUCAAAGUAAUUGUUUUAUUAAUGUAGGCAAUAACACA